AUGAAGAAGAGUAAAAAAUUAGCACUUUUUGAAGAUGAUGGUGGAAACGAGGAAGAAACGGAAUUGCCUAUUAAUAAGGGAUAUGCGGAAAGAUAUGAUAAUUGGAGACGGCUUGAGGAAAUGCAGAAAAUCAAAGACAAAUUUGGAGAUGUCGAAGAUGACGACGAUUCAUCAUCCAGCGAAUCGGAGCCAGAAUGGACAAACGAGCACGAAGAAGCGUUUUUGAAAACACUUGGAGCUUUAAAAGCAGGGGAGAAACUGGAAUCGGGAAAAAGCUUUUUUGAAAAUGUCGAACCAAUUUCAACAAAAAAGAUAGAAAAGAAGAAGAAAGAUGAAAAAAUGACUGUGAAGGAUUAUGAAAGAAAAUUGAUUCUUGAACGAAAUGGAAAAAUCGAAGAGAGCGACGAGGACGAAAGUGAGCAAAUCGAGCAUGAUCCCGGAUAUCAUCAAGAGCAAGAAGAGCUCAGAAAAAGUCUUGUCGCUGCCAUUCACACCGACGAUGACGAAGAUGAAGACGUGCUUGUUGAACGGAAGAAAACGGAAAAGGAGUUGAAAAAGGAUGAAAGCGAUUUUCUUGAAUGGCUCAAAACAGAGGAAGAGAAAAGCGAUAAAGUAAUGGCUAAGGAGUUGAAACAUUUGAAAAAGAUUUGGAAGAAAGACGAUCUUGAUGAAUCUGAGAAAUUCCUUCGCGAUUAUAUUCUCAACAAGGAUUAUGAUGUUUCGCAGUCGAACGAAAAUCCGACUUAUGAGGAAAUUGUUGCACUCGAAGAGGAUGAGAAGGAGAUGGACAAAAAUCUCGAUUUUGAGAGAAAAUAUAAUUUCCGUUUUGAAAAUCCUGAUCAAGAAUUUAUCAAACAAUAUCCACGUACUGUCAUGGAAUCGAUGAGAUCCGCGGAUAGCAAGAGGAAAGAAAAGCGCGUUGAAAGAGAGGAGAGAAAAAAGAAGGAGAAAGAAGAGAAAAAGAAGGAAUUAAAAGAAUUGCAAAAAAUGAAAAAGUCGGAGAUUGAGGAGAAAUUGGCGAAGCUGAAAAAGGCGGCUGGAUGCGAUAUUCCAUUGAGUAUUGACGAAUUGAAUGCCGAUUUUGAUCCAAAGGAAUUUGAUAGAAAAAUGCAGGAAAUCUUCAACGACGAAUAUUAUGGAAAUGAGGAAGAUGUUCCAGAGAACGAAAAUGAGAAACCGGUUUUCAGCGAUAUGGACGAUUCCGAUUUUGAAGAUUAUGACAAUCUCGAUGUUGAUGAACUGAAACGACACAAUAAUAAGGAAAUCGACGAUGGAGAAGACGAUGAAGAGCAUGACGAGCCAGAAGAGGAAAGUGUGGAGAAGAAAGCGGCGAAGAAUGAGAAGUCUGUUAUGAAAAAUGGCAAAUUUGAUAUGAUUUCGGCAGCUCAAAAAGCCUUGAAAAAUGACAAAGACAAAGACAGUCGUAGAAAGAGAAAGAGGAAUGCGUUGAAGGAAGCCCUCGCCAAAGAAAAACCGCUAUUUGAUCCGAAAGAAAAGACGUUUGAAGAGUAUUUCAAUGAAUAUUAUGCGCUUGAUUAUGAGGAUAUUAUUGGUGAUCAAGUAACUAAAUUCAAGUACCGCGAAGUUGAACCCAACACAUUUGGAUUGACUCCUGAAGAAAUUCUCGAAGCCGAUGAGCGACAGUUGAAUGCGUGGGCUUCGCUGAAAAAGGUUACAGCUUAUCGAACACCCCAGGAAGAGAAAUUCGAUAAAUUCGCGUAUGAGAAGAAGGCGAAAGAUGUUGAGAAGAAGAAGCGCAUUUUAUCGACUGAUUUUGGAGGAAAGAAAUCGUUGAAACGAAAAGCCGAAGAAGAGGAAUUGCUCAAAGAGGCCGAACAAAAUUCGGAAGUGGUUGGCGCAGGUGAAGGUAAAAAGAAAAAGAAGAAAAGAGGAAAGAAGAAGGCGAAGCUUGCUAAUGGAUUGGAAAGAAAAGAGGAGCAGAUUGCCGAGAACGAGGAAGAGCAAAAUAAGAAUGAGCCUGAAAAUGUUGAAGAUGAUUCUGAGAAGACAGUGGAACCCACCACUAACACCCAAAAGCCAGUGAAAAAAGCUAGGAGACGAAACAAGAAUAAUGUAAUUGCGGCGAAAUUCGGUCCCGGAGUCACAGAUUCUCGAAUCAAAGCUUAUGGCCUUAAUCCAACUCGUUUCAAGAAGGGUCUUGUCUAUGGCUCUUGA